AUGGGGGAAAGGCCAUACAAGUGCGAUCUCUGUCCUAAGCAAUUCAGCCAGAACACAAGCUUGGUGCGUCACAGCGAGAAGCCGUAUAAGUGCGAUCUUUGUCCCGCAGAAUUCGGAGGGAGCACAAAGCUGUGGGUUCACAAGCGUACACACAUGGGGGAAAGGCCAUACAAGUGCGAUCUCUGUCCUAAGCAAUUCAGCCAGAACACAAGCUUGGGCGAAGACCUCGACUUUGUGAGGUUUCUCGUCAGCCACUACCACAGGCACAUGACGACUGGCGACGCCACAUGCCGCACCAUCACCCUCGUCCUCCACACGCCCACCAAUUCUUCCGUCGCCCAAAGAUCUCGUGGUGUGCGUGAAAUGCCACAUAUUCUCCUGGUGAUGAUGAGGAGGAAGGAAGCUUUCCAGCAAUAA